GGAGACCCGGGUUCGAUUCCUGGGCAGGUGGGGCUCGUUAGCCCUUAAAGGCAACCCACCUACGUCCUAAGGACCUCGCUGCCACCGUCCAAGCUCGCUUGGCCCCGGCAGAUGAACCUUAGGAUUAAAGGGUGGGCUCAGUUCCGCGCACACUGUGUCUCACCUAAAAAAUCCAAUGCGCAGGCUGGAAGGUGGAAAGACCUUCCCCGGAUCUUCGCUCGCGAAGACUGGCCAUUAUUAUUAUUGUUUUGGUGCUGAGUUCAUGCUUUUGGCUUGUUGGGUGUCAAUUCCCAGCCUCAGGCAGGGCUUCCCAUGGAGUGUUGGUGCUGCUGCUGCCAGGAGAGAGAAAUUCUUUGGGAAGCUGGGAUACAAAUAGCAACUCUGUGAAUUGCUCAGCUUGUCCUAGGUAAGAGCAGGUUUUAGGGAAGAAAUGCCUGUAGUUAGUAAUCAGAAGAGAAGGGUGAAAGCCAGGAGCCUUUGACUUCCCCAGUGCACUUCACUGUCUUUAUUCUCCUCUCUUUCAGGACAAGGAAAAUCACUGACUUGGGUCCAGCUCUGCCAAUGCCUCGAGGUGUGAGCAGCCAAAGGCAAGAGGCUCCAGCCCUGCCGGCUGUGGUGGGGGCUCCUGGUCCUGCCAGUCUGGGCUUCCCGGGCACUUCCUAUUAAAGGAUACCAUGAGAAUAGUUUUGGACUGAAAGGGGAAAGGAGCUGUGUCCGUGAGAGUUCAGCUGUCCAUGACAAAAGCUUUCUGCUUUUCCAGUCAGUAAAGUCUUCAAAUGUCUUGCAGUGUGUAGGAAUGCCUGGCUUCUAAAACUCACCAGCUGAGCCUUAGGGGCUUCUCUGCCGAGCUGUUUUCAGGCAGCCAAAUUGGCCCCCAGCAGGGACUCUGUACCUGCUCUCCCGUGGUUCCAAGGGAUCUCUGGGCCUUCAUGCCAGCACUGAGAUGUUCUCGGGAAGGCCCUCAGAUCCCUGGAGCAGUCUGGAACACAGGACUUUGUACUCAGAGAGGAAUGUGUUGGAAAGAUACCAAUCUGCAAUGUUCACUACAAAAAAUAAAAAUCCUCACUGGGUUUACAACUUCACAAGCACAGAAAUUAGUCUAUCAGUAGCUAAAAGUCUUGGCAAAAUGAAGUUUAUUACCUUUAGUUGUACAAUAGGACAGAUAGAUUUUUUUUUUUUUUUUUUUUUUUUAACUUCAAAUCUCAGUGAUGUACCUUUUUGUCCUGCUGGUAAUUAAAGUACAUAGAACUGGAAAGGAGCCUCUGUAUUGCACUAAAUAAUGUUCAUCUUUGGGUUCUUCUCAAUAAAGUGUCACGGUUGAACCUCAGCUGGCAACAAAGCCCCACACAGCCACCCUCUCACUCCUCCUGACAGGGCAAGGGGGAGAAUCAGAAGAGAAACUGUGAGGAAUCUCGUGGGCUGAGACAAGGACAGUUUGUUAGGUAAAGCAAGAGCCACUCGUGAAAGUGAAGCAAAACAAGGAAUUCAUUCACCACUUCCCAUGGGCGGGCAGGUGUUCAGCCAUCCCCAGGAAAGCAGAGCUCCAGCACAGGAAACUCCAGUGACCCCUUGUACCUUCAUCACUGUAAAAGCACCAGAGAGGACGAGCAGCUUGGGUGUGUUAGUCUUCUACAUUGGACUUGGUUUCUUGGUUCUGCAGUACACGAGUCAGAAAACUCCUUUUCAGAUCUUCUUUAUGAUGUUGGACCAUCCUUUCUGUUCUGUGGCCAAAUGAUUUAUUAUUGUAUGUGAAGUGAAAUAGCUUUAACAGGGAGUCAAAAUAUCCUUUGGAACAGAUACUGGUUAAGUGCUCACCUGUCACAUGACAGGUAGUGUGUGCUAUACUGGAUGGUAUUACAGAAAAUAAUGACAGGCUUCUAACUCCUCUGAGUUGGUUCCUUCAAUUAUGAGUAACAUGCUGAAUCCAGAUGCUAUUUUUUCAAAUAAUGAAAUGAGCCUGUCGGACAUUGAAAUUUAUGGGUUUGAUUAUGACUACACAUUGGUCUUUUAUUCUAAACAUUUGCACACGCUGAUAUUCAAUGCUGCUCGAGAUCUUCUUAUCAAUGAACAUCGGUAUCCUGCAGAAAUAAGAAAAUAUGAUUAUGAUCCAAAUUUUGCCAUCAGAGGACUUCAUUAUGAUGUGCACCGAGCAUUAUUAAUGAAGAUUGAUGCUUUUCAUUAUAUUCAGCUGGGAACAGUUUACAGAGGCCUCAGUGUUGUCCCAGAUGAAGAAGUUAUUGCAAUGUAUGAUGGUUCCCAUGUCCCUUUAGAACAAAUGAGUGACUUUUAUGGAAAGAGCUCACAAGGAAAUACAAUGAAGCAAUUCAUGGAUAUAUUUUCCUUGCCAGAAAUGACACUUCUUUCUUGUGUGAACGAAUAUUUUCUGAAAAACAACAUAGACUACGAACCUGUUCAUCUGUACAAAGAUGUCAAGGAUGCAAUCAGGGACGUCCAUAUCAAAGGAAUAAUGUACAGAGCAAUUGAAGCAGAUAUUGAGAAAUACAUCUGCUAUGCUGAGCAAACUCGUGCAGUGUUAGCUAAGCUGGCUGAUCAUGGCAAGAAGAUGUUUCUCAUCACAAACAGUCCCAGCAGCUUUGUGGACAAAGGCAUGAAGUUCAUAGUUGGCAAGGACUGGAGGGAUCUCUUUGAUGUGGUCAUUGUACAGGCUGAUAAACCAAACUUCUUCAAUGAUAAGCGAAGACCGUUCCGGAAGGUGAAUGAAAGGGGGGUGUUGCUCUGGGACAAGAUUCACAAGCUGCAGAAAGGUCAGAUUUACAAACAGGGUAACUUGUAUGAAUUUCUGAAGCUUACUGGCUGGAGGGGCUCUAAGGUGCUCUACUUUGGUGACCACAUAUACAGUGACUUGGCAGACUUGACCCUGAAACAUGGCUGGCGCACUGGUGCAAUUAUUCCAGAGUUACGAUCAGAGAUUAAAAUCAUGAACACAGAGAAGUACAUUCAAACCAUGACCUGGCUGCAAACCUUGACAGGAUUAUUGGAACACAUGCAGGUUCACCGUGAUCCUGAUUCUCAGAUUAUUUUAGAAGAAUGGAAGAAGGAAAGGAAGGAAAUGAGGGAGAUGAACAGGAAUUUCUUCAAUGCGCAGUUUGGAAGCAUAUUCAGAACUGAUGAGAAUCCAACUUACUUCUUAAGACGUCUCUCUAGAUUUGCGGAUAUCUACAUGGCAUCACUGAGUUGUCUCUUGAACUAUGAGCCUGAUUACACGUUUUAUCCAAGAAGGACUCCUUUGCAGCAUGAACUUCCUGGCUGGUCAGACCAGCUGUGCACUGGUACAUUCAGAAUACCUUUCCUACAAGAGACAGUUCAGAUCAAAUAAAAACUUGGUGACUUCUCUCUAAAAUGGACAAAUAUAUCUUGGUUUUUUUGAAUGUAUGUGUGUUUUAUUUAAAGUCACUUAAAUCUGUUACCUUGGUUUAGAUGUAUCUCAUACUUAUUCUCAUAAGCAUUGUAACUGUUUUCUCCUCUUCUGCUCAGACACGUGAAAACUCCUCUUAGACACAGAAGAGAUGAUGGACUGCCAAAACAGUAGUAGGCCAGGAGGGGAGAGUACAUCUGAGGGGAAGGACUGGUAGUGUUCUGGGGUGGUUCUUUUUGUUUCUUUAUUGGAAACUUGGAUCUGCAGCCUUGUGGUUUACAAAGAAAUACCUGUACUCUCACUUCUGGCCCUUUUCAGCACUCCAGCUGGAGCCUCUAAUGGAUCUUGGCACUUGAAAAGCUUAAAUCCAGUAUUAGUAACUCAGUGAUAAACAGCUAAUAACCAGGUCAGGGUGAGACUCAGAGGGAUAGUGUACGUAUUGUACCUUUCCUUGUCGCCGUGGCUGCAAGCUGACCUAACUGAGCUGAGGGCUGUGGUGUCAGCAUGGCUGUGCUGCACUGACAGGCUCAGGCUGAUGGGCUCUUUCUCCUGUCUGUGCAGUUUCUGUUCUUGUAAUGUUUGUGCUUGGCUGCAGGUGGACCUGAGCCUAAACCUGAAACUGCCAGUAGCUUGGGCUGCUUCAGCUUCCUCUUGUUAACUUUUAGGCACCUUUCUUUUUAAGUUUCAAAACACUUCAAAUACCCACUCUCUAGUAAUAAUGUAAUUUCAAGAGGUCUUGCAUCUGGCAUUUCAAAGUGGAUACAGAUCUUUCCAUUAGGCUUUAGUUUGGUCCUAAAUGCUGCUUUUAAAAUUUUUAACAGUGUCUUAUUACAGUGGUAUGCAAUGUGGUUUUGCUAGGAAAGAAUGUAUUUCAUAUAGCCUUUUACAGUCAAGAGUAAAUACGCACAACGGGCAAAGGAGCUAAAAGAAAAAGUAAGAAAUGAGAAAAUGAAACCCAGAGUUUUCUGUUGACAUGUUUUUAGCUCAAACCCUGAGAGCUGAAUUAGGGGUGGUGCAGAAUUUGCAUAAAGAAAAAAGUAGUUUUGGUGGUGCAGAUUAAAGGUUUUAUUGAAUUACUGAAAUUGAAGGUAAUGCAUAAACACAAACUCUGGGUAGCAUAUGUUCCAAAGAUUUGAGCUAAAAAAUGUCUACUUUGCACAAGGAAAACAUCUGUUGAUGUGUUUCCUCAAACAGGCACUUUAUAGAACUGCUAUAUAAUUGUUUUUAAGUAAGAAUUAUUUUAUUUCUCUGGAUCCAAAGGAAAUGGGUUGUUUAUUGUUUUUAACUGGUGCUUCCCACCCCAGCCAUUUUAGCAGGUAUAAUAUGAUUAAUAACUUUCAAAUUUUAGUUAUUAAAGGCUUUUAAAAGCAUUUUUAAAAGUGUACAAUUAACAAAAUAUAUAGCAUAGGGUGUUCUUAAUUUCGUUUUGGGAUAUCACUUGCUUUCUCUCAUGAUUGUCAGGUAAACAAACUUUUGGUGACCAAAAGUUUUCUCAUUUUGUUUUUUUCUUUUUUAAGCUGUCUGUAUUAUGUGCAAGUUGCUAGAUUGAAUUUCAUAUACGGUAUCUUUCAUGUUUUUAAAAGCAUGUUUGUAAAGUCAAGAAUGUAUUUUAAUCUAGCCUGCACAAUUUUGUAAGUAGUUUUCCUGUAUGCUUGAAAUCAGUAUGAAGUCCUCAGAGGUGGUUGUAGAUUUUAUUGUUUGCUUGUGCUCCUAUUUCAAACUUUUUGUGCAGCACGCCUGAAGUGUGUGUGUGUAUUUAAACAGAAGAGGAAGUUCAUCUGACCGUCCUGCUGUUUUGCUGGAUAGAAAGAUAAAGUUCUGCAGGAAGUUAGUUUGAAUUUAUCAGGAGACUUCUUGGUGUGGCUGUGCAAGAAAUAUAUAGCAUAACUUGUUAAUGAAAUGUGGGGAUGGAAAUAUCCUGAUUUGCCUUCAGUUCUUUAUUCUGAUGCUCAGCUACAACCGAACUCAGUGUUACUCGUGUGCAGCACCGCUCGUGCUGCAGAGCUUUCAGUUCACUCUUGAAGAAAAGAGAAAACCCACCAAAACUGUUCUACAUUCUCUAUCUUACUACCAGCAAAUCAUAAGAUUGUAUUAUUCAGUUCUGCAUUAUUGAACUUGAUCAUGUUUUGUUGAUUAUAGCUCUAUGAUGUUUAUUCUUUUAAAGCUGGCUAGGAGCCAGUUUGUUUGCUUAAUUUUCCUGUGUUAAGCAGGAACAGUUUAAUUGGCUUGGAUGUUGCUAUCCACAUAAUGCGCAUUUUGUUUCAAGAUUUUCUUCUUUUACCCUGCCUUAGAAAAUCAGACUUCUGUACCAAGCUAUGUUACAACAGCCAACUCAAGUAAAAUAUUGUUUAUAUUGCAUGAGUUCUUGAAAUAAACAACGUUGCAUGAAAAGAAUUAAAUAUGGGAGGGUUGUGUUUCUUUAAAACAAUCCAACUAUAUAUAAUAUGAAUUUGAGAAUAUUGAAGUGUAUUAUUUAUUUUUCAGUGCUAGAAUGCAGCUCUUUUAACUUUUAAAAAUAUCUUGCAUUUUUUUAAUGAUUUCACCUUGGCAGUCUCUGUGUUACUCAUUUUAACCUUGUUGUGCCACUGACUUCAAAGAGAUUUUUGAGCAUGUUUAAAAGGCAGUGUUUCUUUAUAUUAAUUUUGGGAGUAUAGUUCAUUUGAACACCAAAGCAAAAAGAAAUUUUUGUUCUGUUCUAUCAAAAACACAGAGGUGAAUAGUCUGUCAGUAAAAGAAAGAGUUUUAUGAACUGUGGGGCUUUUUUUUUUUUGUGAUAAAAAUAUUUAAUGAUUAUUACAAAAAUAAAUGUUUGGACUUUA